CCUGCUCCUCUACAGCACCUUCUCUGCAACAACCUGGUCUGAAAGAGCAAACUCUGGGGUUCUUUGAGAGCUGCCAUGAAGGUCCUCGUCGCCCUCUUCCUCGUCUUCCUCACAGGUUGUGAUGCUGGACACCUUGAACCGUCUUUACCCCAGUGCCAGUGGGAAUUCAUGUAUGAGGCUUUCUGGAGUUUUGUUAGCGCCGCUACAGGGACCUCAGCAGACUGUCUGCUGAAGAUCAAACAGAGCCCUGCAGGACAGCAUGUGUGCUCCCUCAUCACACAGAGCUACGCCAUCGUCCGCUGCUUCUACUAUAGGGUGCGGGUUCACAUCGAGGUGUGGAUCAGCCAUUUCCAGUCUACGUUCUGCACAGAGAUAGAUCAGCUGAAGCACGACCUGGAGGAAAUUCUGCGCUGCCUGAACGCUGACUUCCACCUGCAGUUCGAGGAGCUGUUCCGUAAAAUAUGCUCCAAGCUGGAGGAGCUGAGGAGGAACGCCGCCAACUACAUUAUAUGCCUGGAUCCCGUAGGCUUGAAGAGAACCGUGCUGGACACGAUCCAGGAGCUGCAUGAGCUUCUGGAUCAAUGCUUCACCCACCUGGAUACUCCCAACCAUCGUCCUUGUCAUAGUCACCGUUGUCACGGUUAUUGGCAUAGACGUUUAAAUUCUUGGCGUAAACGUGGCUUUUACUUGAAAGCUAAACUGAUUAAGAAGGUUGAGGCGAGGCUGGAGCAGUUUAAGGAGGUCAUGAUCAAGUUGGUCUGCAGCUUCGAGACUAAAAUUACUGAAACCAUCCACAUCCUCACUAAUAAGGUUAUUCAUCUUGGCAGACAAUGUUGUGUCCGGCUGAAUAUAUACUCAAGCCACCUGCAGAAUGACCUGCUGUGUCUGUGGGAAAAAUGGUCAGCAUGUUAUAACUAUUGCUGAUGAAGCAAACCACUUCAGCUGUCACAGUAGGCAUCUUGUGUUCAUUUGU